CGGCGAGGGGCGCGCGGGUGCGCGUGCGGGCGCGGGGUGUGUGCCCGCGCCGUGCCCCCUGCGCGUGCUGCCAGGCGGGCGCCGGCGUGAGUCACGGCCCUGCUGCCUUUAUAACGGCCGCGAGGCGCGCGGAGCCGCCCGCCCGACCGCUGCUCCGCGUUCCGGCGAGCGCGCCCGGCCCGCGCCCCCAACGUCCCCCAACCGCCGGCCAGGCCCGAGGGCGCCAUGAGGAGCCCGCGCUGCGCCCCGCUGCUGCUCCUGCUGCUGCUGCCGCCGCUGCUGCUCACGCCCCCCGCCGGGGACGCCGCCGUCAUCACCGGGGCCUGCGACAAGGACCCCCAGUGUGGUGGAGGCAUGUGCUGCGCUGUUAGUAUCUGGGUUAAGAGCAUAAGGAUUUGCACACCUAUGGGCAAAGUGGGAGACAGCUGCCAUCCGCUGACUCGUAAAGUUAGUUCCAUUUUUUGGGCGGAGAAUGCAUCACACGUGUCCAUGUAUGCCGGGCUUAGCUUGUUUACGGACUUCGUUUAAUCGAUUUAUUUGUUUAGCCCGAAAGUAAUCACUUUGGAGUAGAAACUUGAAAUGUGAACAGCCGCACGAUGUCUGUAAAGUCUAUUUACUUGUGAUUGUGCCAAACAAGUAAGAUGCCAGAAAGAAAUGCUGUUGCUUCCUCAACUUUCCAAGUAACAGUUCUAGCUUUGAUUUUUAAAUGAUGGUUUUUUUAAAUUGAAAGAGGAUUUUAAUUUUGGACAGAAAUGUAAAGUGCAAGGCAUUAUGGAACCAGUUCUCGUUUCCCUGUUUGUGUUUUGGUUUGGUUUUGCUUUUUUUUUUUUUAAUGCCAAUAACUCACCCAUUUUCACAAAAAUGAGGAGAACAAGAAUUUGAUAUUUUGUUACAGAAACUUAUUUUUCCUUAAACCCCUGUCCCCAAGCCCUGGCCCCAGAUACACACACACACACACACAGCCCUUUGAGUCUCGUCUCUCACUCGUCAAGGAAUUUUAAGUCUGUCACUUUAUUCUUUGCCAUUUCCCUCUCUGACCUUCUAGCAUUUUAAAGUGUGCGCGUGGGGUCCAUGUCCUUUAACUUGCUGGCAGAAUCACUGACAAGAAUCAAGCUUUUUGCUUGAUACUUAAACAGUGGAAAGAGUCUAGUGGAACCAGCUGCUCCAGACUUCUCUUCUGUGGGGUGGAGGUUGGGGUGCUUCUGAAUUUCCACUGAACUUGCCUCUGAGAUGGACUUCAGGUCUGCUGUUUGACUGGGGGGAGGACAGGAGGCAUGGAAAGUCAAAUUAGUCCAGAUUUGUAGAUUUGGGGUUUUUUUUUUUUGAAGGCUUUUCUAAUACAAGAUUACUUUUAUUUCUCUUUCUCUUUAUAAAACUUUUUUUAAAGUCUCAUAGUUAGAGAUGUUCCAGAAAAUGUCACUUGAAGAGGAAGUAUUGAUUUUAAUCUGGCAUAACACUAGUUACCAUUUUUAAAUCGGUAUUACGUUGUAAUUUAAACUUUAUCUGUAACCAAAAGGUCUGUUGUAAUGGAUUGCCUGACAUCCUGCCAUUUGUACCUGUAUCAAUAUUGUGUAAAAAUUCUGUAUCAGAAUAAUGACAGUAUUGUAUAUCAUUUGAUUUAUUUUAAUAUUAUAUCCUUAUUUUUGUCACA